UGUCGCUAGAGGAGAUGAUGGAUCCUCAUCUAGGAGUAUUCCUGCCGGGUGAAAAUGGGCUCGGGUUUGAUAAAACUCUGCAAGAGGCAGGGAGAAGGAGCACACUUCACCCUCUUCUCCCGCAGGCAUCAUCAGCACAUAGAGGUGGUGACGACGGAGCAGGGGAUACGGUAGUGCUGACGGAGCCUCAGAUGCAGGACGGCACAUCAACCCUCUCAGACGAGGAGAGCGUCGCACCGGCCUAUUUCCCACCUCUCAGUCUCUCAGAUCACCCCAUUACCUCUCUACCCUGCAUCUCCCUCCACCCAUGUCAGACGGCCGUGGUGAUUGGAGAGAUGAUGCACUCCCGGGAGGUCAGCGGAGGGCAGGACGGCAACGGUGGUCAGGAGGAGGCGGUGUACGCGAAAGAGUACCUGAAGGCUUUCAUGACCAUUUGCGCCAGUGUUGUUGAGAUGCGGGGCUGAAGAAAGGCGCUGAGACGCCAUAGCAAGAACUUCAUCGCAUGCUCUCCCUGCAUGUUGUCCAAUCAUAUACCCUCGAUCAUUUCUCGACUUCAGCAGAGUGUGAAGAAUGCUUUUAUUUCCCGAGGGCAACAAUGGUCACAGCCUGUAUGUCGCCGUCAUCAUCGCUCAUAUCACUCCCCGAACCAUCUAGUGGUGAGCCUCCUCCUUGGGGUAGUCCCUCCUAGCCUCCUCGAGGAACUCCUUGGCACCACCGCCCACUGAGACCUCCUCAGUAGAAGACGACUUGGAGACCUCGGCCACGUCGGGCUCUGAAGAG